UGGAUGCAAUCUCAGUAGUUGGGCUGAAAUAGCCUCCCUCGCUGCAUCUGGCCCAUGUCUCCGUGAAACCCCCUAGCCCUCGGGAAAGAAAAAAAACCCGCGAUCGAUCUCAGGACGCUCGAGUCGCUUCUCCUCCCGGCCCCCCCCAACCGCGCAGCGGUGGCCUCCAUGCCCCUCGCUUGACGGCUCGAGUCGCUUCUCCUCCCGUCCGCCCCAACCGCGCAGCGACCCGAUGGACUCCAUGCCCCCACCUCCGUGCGCAGCGGGCGGAGGUGAACGGGCAUGCCGGGACCAGCCCCCCACGCCCGGAGGAGGUGGACAGGUGUGUCCCGUAUUCAAUGUCAUGAUAGCCCUAAAUCGUUUUAAUGGUGUCAGUUUUGCGGGAAUUGCUACUGACCGGCUUCCAAAAGCUUCCGUGACUUCCAAGUUUGCAAAUGGCUCCUGCUCAGGAUAUAUAGAACGGGCUAACAAUAAGAUGGAUGCAGAGGAAGCUGCAGCAACAGCUCUCAUAGAGGUACUGAAAAAAGAAUACAUGUUUCAAAUUGAUGACAUGAAUUUUUCUGAGAAGACUAUGAAUGAUCACCAUAAAGAAAAACUGAAGAUCGAGAGUAGUUAUCUUCAAAAUAAAUUAGAAGAACAAACUACACUGACCAAACAUUCCAAGGAAGGAUGGAAAGUACUACUAAAUGACAUGGAGUUAGCUGAAGAAUCAAUAAGCAACAUAUGUGGAAGCGCACUUGGUACCCUAUCUUACGAACUAUGUCGACGGUACUCACAUAGAUAUGAUUCAUGCAACAAACUGUCUGCAUGAAUGGAUUGAACAAAAGAUAUUUGAGAGCACCGCCAACUUUCAUCAGAAAACCAGUCGGCCAACUGAAUAAAAUGCUUCCAUUCUUUAUCUCUACAUGCAAAACAUUUGAUAGCAGUUUAUUCCCAUGGUGCUUAUCUUACUUCUCAAAUCCAUGUAAUGGCAUGUUACUCAAUACAAUAUAAUUUCCAUUCCAAAUGCAUUUGUCAUUACAAUUUCUACAUCCACUGGAGCAUCCUCUUACAAUCAAACCUUUUCUUCUCAACUAUAAGGCCGGGCGCGUCGUAAUAAUCAAAAUCGGUAUAAAUCUAUCACAUCUGCGGUGAACUCUAUACUGUGUACUUUAUUCGGAGAAGAAAGCAGGUGGGCCCAAUACAGAUCCAGGCACGCAGCCCAUGAGAAACCCACCAGCCCAUUACCACUCUCCCCCUUCAUCUUCGUCGCCGGCUCGCCCCCCGCCACACCGGACAGAGGGGGCAGAGAGAGAGGAGAUUGGUCGGAGAUGAAGUCCUUCGACCCCCAUAUACGGCCGUGUACCCAACCCGAAACUGCUCCUCCGUCGCCGGAUUCGCUGUCUCCGGCAUCCUCGUCCCCAUGCCUACAGGGCACAGCCGGCUUCACUGAGGAGGAGCACAGCGAUCAAUCUAUCUCCAGGUGACAACCGACCGCUGUUUAAAUUAAACCCAUUGGUGUGUCUUGGCUAGAUCUGUGGUUCGCUACGGGGCGCAAGAUUAUUUGGCAGCCUUCUGUAACGGGAUCAUUUGAUAUAAUUAUUUCUUCUCAGUUGCUGCUUGAUGCAAGUCAAGUAUAGGAGGAGUUGGGAGAAAUGUUAGUGUAGAGCUGGUGUCGUUGUCAAAUCGAGGUUUGAAUAUAGUCGAAUUGCGCAAGUGGCCGGCAAGAUGCCGUGUUGAUGUUUUCUUUA